AUGAAUGCAAUCAAGUCAUUGGUACAAUCUGCAAAUACAUAUACUCUGGAUAAUAAUCAAGGUGUCCUUUGUGUGGCUAAUCUGCCACUGCAUAUCCGUGAUGAACCAUGGUUGGACUACAGAGGCUUGCUGAUCGACACUGGACGUUACUACUUUGAUGUCGACUUCAUCAAGUCUAUAAUAAGAGGAAUGAGCCUACUCAAAUUGAAUGCUCUACAUUGGCAUAUAACAGAUGAUCAAUCAUUUCCCCUUGAAGUACCCAAGUAUCCCAACCUACAUGGCAAUGGAGCUGGUCAUCUUGGGUUCAUCCACAACAACAUCACCUAUAAUCCAAAGUUCCGCUACUACAACCAUGAGGACAUAAUCGACAUUGUGGAGUACGCCAGAGUGCAUGGAGUUCGUGUGAUACCAGAGGUAGACAUGCCUGCCCAUGCCAGAUCAUGGGGAUUAGGAUACAACAUCACGGCUCAAUGUCCAAACUAUGUUAGAUCACGACACAACAAUCUCAAUCUAGACUACACUGUCAACCUACCAUUGGACAUCUCCAAACAGGAGACUUACGACGUCAUCCAGCAGGUGCUAUCCACCCUGGCUCUACUAUUCCCUGACCCAUACGUUCAUAUUGGUGGAGACGAGGUGCCACUCGAUUGCUGGCGCGAGGAUUCAAAUAUGUCCAAACGAAUGCUAGAUCUUGGAUAUGUUGACAGCAGUACAUACCUAUCAUACUACUACAAACGAAUGUUCCCUUUGAUUCGUUCUACAUUUGAUACUGCCGCCUCUACUCCUGGAAAGAAGAAAGUCAUCAUAUGGGAGGACAGUUUCCAGGAUGUUGUAACAAGCUUGGACUGCAAGGAAUGUGUGUAUCAAGUCUGGAAAGGACCAAAGGAGUUGGAGAACAUACAGAACUCAAACAAACCUGUUAUAUAUAGUUAUGGACACUAUCUGGAUCCAUCCUAUCAGAGCUGCCGUCACUUCAAAGACUGUUAUGAAGGUGCCACAAUAUUGGACAAAAACAAGAUUAUUGGCGUGGAAGCAUGUGCCUGGGAGAUGACCCAGAGACGCUCGCGCUCCACCGAGAAGGAUGCAAGUGUUGUUGAGCGUGGCUUUGAUCAGAGAGUAUGGCACAGAUUGAUUGCCAUUGCCGAACGACUCUGGUCUGGCCAAGAGCCACUCUCCAACAAUACCAUUGAUCGUGCUGUUGCCAUGGCUCGUCUACUUCAGCGCCAAGGUGUGGAUACAUCGUCCUCAUCCCAAACAAUCAAAAGGAUAACAAACAACCAGAAGGAAUACAACUGA